GCAUGAAAGUUACUUAUGAACAUAACUGAAACUUUAAAUGUUUUUUGUUGGUUAGGCAAAGUGAGGACCUUCACUGAUUUGGACGAAGAAAUAGAUUUCCUUCACUCCAUCAUAGAAAAACAGGAAGUGUCGAAGAUAAAAACAACAAAAAAUCAACCACAAAAAACUGGUUCCAUUUCCUCUCCGGCGGAUCUUAAGGACAGCAGGACAGGAGCAUCUGAACAAAAAUCCCAGAAUAAGAACCGACUGUUGGGGGAAAUCCCACGUAGCACCACGGCAGCUCCGAUACCCACGGGCGCCGCCUUUCCCAACACGCCAACCCCGCAUCCCAGGUUCACUGCAGCUGAUGGCCGAGCCGGCCCUUUAGUUGUGCCCCAUCCCAAAAAUGACACCAUCAUUGUCAUCAUAAUCUCGCUGUGUGUUAUUGUGGGCACCGUGUGUGUGAUCUUGGCUUCUGUCUGUUACGUCAAGCUGCGCACAGAAUCACGCCUAGCUGAGAAGGUGGACUACCCUGCUUUCAGAGGACCGAGCGUUCCUCCAACUCCAGCCAACGGUUCAUCAACACUUGAUAAGACACUGGCUGAAAAUGCUCAGAUGUAUCACUAUCAGCACCAGAAACAACAGAUGCUGUCAAUGGGAAGUCACAAGCCUGAACAGAAAGGGCUCGACGCUGAGGCCACAUCAGACGAAGAAGAAGUAGGAGGUGGCUUCACAGUGUACGAGUGUCCUGGACUCGCCCCGACUGGAGAGAUGGAAGUUAAAAAUCCUCUGUUUGAUGAUUCAACUCUGGAUUAUCAGGGGAUUCCUAAGUGAACACUGAACACUCGCGCGCGCAUACAAAAAAUUUCUCUGGAAGAAAGCUCCUAUUUUCUCUCUGCCUGCAUGGAAAUCGAGAAUGAUAUUGUGGAAAUGAUUGUUUUCUCAUCCGCCUUUUUAACACAUAGGCCCCACUAUGGCUUUUUAAUGCUACAAAUAUGUAAUCAGUUCCCUGUUAAUUUAUUCCUGUCAAUGUUGUAGAGAAACUCUAUCUUUUAAUUUAAUUUUUGUUGAUUUAAGUCGAAGUCAAGCUAGUGUUAGUGUUUUGUUCUGAGUGUUUGAUUCUAAGUUAAUCUCUUUAUUCUUUCUUUAUUUUUGCAGCUAUUUCCAAAGAAUACCAUAACAGAUGAUAUAUAUCUAUAUGUGUAUAUAUAUCACACAUAUACUUAGGAAUAUUCUACUAACGCAGAUACCCUCUCUAAUUUUGUUUUAACAGAAUUCAUAUCAGUUUUCUGUAAAAAUGCAUCAUAAAAUGGUCAUUGAACUGUAACUGCUGGUGUUGCUCGUGUAUUUUCCUGUCCUGUAGGCUGCACAUGAAGAUUUUGAGAUGAUAAAGUAUAGAUAUUAAAGUUAUAUAGGUGAAAAUGAAGUACUUAAUGCUGUCUUGCAUGGUUUGACUGUAUUGUUUUAGUCAUGGCGAAACUUCGAUGGAUCGUUCUGCCUCCAUGUGUGUGCGUCAUAUUGCCAAUGGAGGGAGGAAAAGUGACUUUCCGAGCACUUGAAUGAAAUUUGAGACAAGCUGUACCUCUAGAUGUUUUACUGGCAAUCAUAAUGAUCCUGUAGUGUCCCUCUUUCCAAUCUUUGGGCUCAAACUAUCUAUGUGCUGCAAAAUGUACAUACAAAGAGUGAGAUUGUUCACUUUUUAUAGAUAUUUGUACAUGCAGACUAAAGAUUGAAAAUUAAACUUUUUACCACAUGUGGAGGAAAAA